AUGAUCUAUGGAUUAGUGAUGUUCCCGAAUAUUCCAAAUUUUGUUGAUCUCACUGCCAUUUGUCUCUUCAUGGAUCAAAAUCCUGUACCCACUCUGUUGGCCGACACUUAUUAUGCCAUCCAUUCUAGGUAUGGAAAAAAGGGAUCAGUUGGGGGUUGUUUGCCAAUACUGUACGAAUGGUUUUCUUCACAUUUGCCUAAAAGCGGAGCAUUUGUCACUACAAGAGAUUCACAGAAGUGGCCCCAAAGGAUUAUGGGACUUACUGCAAAUGAUAUUGUUUGGUAUCACCUCCGAACGGACAUCGAGCAAGUUAUAACCAGAUGUGGCAGUUUUGGCAAUGUUCCUCUCAUAGGGACAAAAGGAGUUAUCAACUAUAAUCCGAAGCUAGCACUGCGCCAGUUGGGUUUUGUACUGAAGGACAAGCCGUUGGAUAAAGAGAUAUUUGAGUCCGUUUGCUUUGAAAAAGGAACCGAUCCAGAUGGUUUGGAGAAAGUAAGGAGUGCGUGGAACAAAAUUCAUACAGAAGACCGAACUACCUUGGGGGGAAAGAAUGCUAUUGCUAAGAAAGCUUAUACUGAAUGGGUUGAAGAAAGAGUUAAGGAGCGCCUGCUGCCUUUCCCGAAGGUAAGCCCUCUAUAUGAACAACCACCUGAGAUUUUAACUGCCACUGUACCAGCUGAGGAGUACAACCAAGUACAUGCGGAGAAUAUCAGGUUGCGAGAAAAAGGGGAAGACGCUAAAAUAAAGUACUUCUUGGUGGAUCAGAAAAGGGCUGAAUUAGCACAUGAGGUACAUCAGAUGGUGUUCUUAUCUGACUGA